AUGAGUGGAAUUCAAACUACCGGAGAUAUACAAUCAUUCGAGAAGCUUUCUUUGAUCGCCGCUCAUUCUCACAUUAGAGGUCUUGGACUAGAUGAUCAUCUUCAGCCUAAGCCAUGUGCGCAGGGUAUGGUUGGCCAGAUGAAGGCUAGAAAGGCAGCUGGUGUGAUUCUGAAAAUGAUUCAGAAUGGAAAAAUUGCCGGAAGAGCUAUUCUGUUUGCCGGACCACCAUCAACAGGAAAAACUGCUAUAGCCACUGGUCUAUCACAGAAUUUGGGCAAGGAUGUUCCUUUUACAGCCCUAGCAGCUUCAGAGGUGUUUUCAAAAGAUAUUAGUAAGACGGAGGCCUUGACACAGGCAUUCAGAAAAAGUAUAGGAAUCAAGAUCAAAGAAGAGACAGAAGUUAUUCAGGGUGAGGUUGUCGAAAUUCAGAUAGAUCGUUCAUUGACAGGUGGUCAUAAGCAGGGAAAAUUGACAAUCAGAACUACUGAUAUGGAGACGAUUUAUGAGUUGGGUAAUAAAAUGAUCGAUGAACUCACAAAGGAAAAAGUCAUUGCAGGUGAUGUCAUCUCCAUUGAUAAGUCCAACGGCAAAAUUACCAAAUUGGGUCGAUCGUACGCCCGUGCUCGUGAUUAUGAUGCAAUGGGUCCGGAUACAAGAUUUGUUUCCUGCCCGGAGGGUGAACUUCAAACCAGAAAAGAAGUCGUUCAUAUAGUCUCACUGCAUGAUAUUGAUGUUAUCAAUUCUCGCCAACAGGGAUUCAUGGCUUUAUUCAGUGGUGAUACUGGUGAGAUCAGAUCUGAAGUCAGGGACCAAAUCAACAGCAAAGUUGCAGAGUGGAAGGAAGAAGGAAAGGCAGAAAUUGUUCCGGGUGUUCUCUUCAUUGAUGAGGUGCAUAUGCUUGAUAUCGAGUGCUUUUCUUACAUUAACAGGGCAUUAGAGGAUGAAUUUUCUCCAAUUGUUAUAAUGGCAACGAACAGAGGUAUAUCAAAAACUAGAGGAACAAAUUAUAUGUCACCUCAUGGUCUUCCAUUGGAUCUUUUAGAUAGAACCAUAAUCAUAAAGACAGAACCUUACAAGGAAGAUGAUAUUGAGAAAAUUUUGAGUAUCCGCUGUCAGGAAGAAGAAGCAGAUAUAUUACCAGAUGCUCUACGGUUGCUAACCAAGAUUGGUAUGGAGGCAUCAUUGAGAUAUGCCUCGAAUUUAAUCUCUGUCAGCUAUCAAAUAAGCAGAAAAAGAAGAGCAGAAGCUAUUGACAUUGAAGAUAUAAAGAGAAGUUACAUGCUUUUCUUGGAUAGUACUAGAUCUGUCGAGUUUUUGGAACAGAACCGCGGUGAUUACAUUGACGAUGAAGGAAAGGUGACAUUAUCAAAGGGGGAACAGAAUGCACCAACUUCAGAUGCAAUGGACACGUCCGCUUAA